AUGUUUGCUGCUUGUCUCUUGCUAAUACUUCUGGUGCCCCAGGUGUACACCGUUCGCGUGCAUUGCCGCCACAUGGAGCGUAUACAUGAGGAUCAUAUUCAUUAUUGCUGCAAGCAUCCCGACGGCCACAAUGACGUUAGCGAGAGUUGCGCCAAAAAAACAAAUUACCGCCUGCCUGGUCCAAAUGAGGAGGACAUUAUAGACAAUACUGUGGAUCAGGUUAUGGGUAGCACUUGCUUCGGCGAAUGCGUCUUCAAUCAUUAUAAAUUUUUAAAGAACAACACCUUGGAUAUGGAAGCCGUCAUCCAUCAUUAUAAGACUGUCCACAAAGAAGAUCCUGAGUAUGAGACUGAAAUGUUGCAGGCAUUCGAUAAAUGCCAUAGCAAAUCGGAAGAUGCCACCGCAAUGUUUUUAGAAUUGCCAAUAAUCCGUGCUUUCUCAUCGUCCACCCACUGCAAUCCCAAGCCCAGCAUCAUACUCUCUUGUGUCAUAUACAACUUCUUUCAUAAUUGCCCCAGAAAUCGCUGGUCAAACUCUACGGAAUGCGUGGAAACUCUGGCUUUUGCUAAAAAGUGCAAAGAUGUCCUUACAACGAUGUAA